UCCCCCGCCUACCAAUCAAAAUCUCGCCGCCGCCACCUCCGCCGCUCCUCCGCCUUUCCGCCGCCGCGCUCACGCAAAUUAAGCUAGCGACUGUUGGAGUUGAACAAAUAAAGUGUAAUGCAGCUGUGCUGCUCCUCUCAAAGCGCCAGUCAUUCCGGCGGAUGCGGAGCCACAGCCACCGCACGUUGCCGGCGAAUUAAGUGAAAUCGCGUUUUAUUCCUCAAAUCGAUCGCAUUAUUUCUCCGUUUGAAUCAUUCUGUUCUCACAAAUUUCCUGCAAUGGCGUCGGCUAUCGGAUGCUAUUCUCUCAAUGGUAGCCAUCGAGGAGGGAUCCCAAAAUGGAGGUCACCUAGGGCAGCUGUAAUCCCCACUUUUCAUCUUCCAAUGCGUAGUUAUGAAGUUAAAAACAGGACUAAUGUUGAUGACAUAAAGUCGCUUAGGUUGAUUACAGCCAUCAAAACACCUUAUUUGCCGGAUGGUAGAUUCGACCUUGAGGCCUACGAUGCCCUGAUGAACGUGCAGAUCAACGACGGUGUGGAGGGUGUGAUCGUUGGAGGCACGACUGGCGAAGGCCAGUUGAUGAGCUGGGAUGAGCACAUCAUGCUCAUUGGCCACACGGUGAACUGUUAUGGCGGAUCCAUCAAGGUUAUCGGCAACACAGGAAGCAACUCGACUCGGGAAGCAAUCCACGCUACGGAGCAGGGCUUCGCCGUUGGAAUGCACGCAGCCCUUCACAUCAAUCCCUACUACGGUAAGACCUCCUUGGAGGGCUUGAUCGCUCACUUCAACAGCGUGCUUCCGAUGGGCCCCACGAUUGUGUACAACGUGCCAUCCCGAACGGGCCAAGACAUUCCCCCCGAUGUGAUCAAGAAGAUAGCAAAGAGCCCCAACUUGGCCGGUGUGAAGGAGUGUGUCGGGCACGGGAGGGUGGAGCAGUACAUGAGCAGCGGGGUGGUUGUGUGGAGUGGCAACGACGAUCAAUGCCAUGACUCGAGGUGGGAUCACGGGGCUACCGGAGUAAUCUCAGUCGCGAGCAACUUGGUUCCCGGCCUGAUGAGGGAGCUCAUGUUUGGUGGGAAGAACUCUGCUCUGAAUGCAAAACUUACGCCUCUGAUCGAGUGGCUCUUCGUCGAACCGAACCCGAUCGGGCUAAACACGGCCCUCGCUCAGCUCGGGGUGGUGAGGCCAGUUUUCCGGUUGCCAUAUGUGCCCCUUCCUUUAGCAAAGAGGGUGGAGUUUGUGAAUAUAGUCAAUGAAAUUGGAAGGGAGAAUUUUGCUGGGAAAAAAGAUGUGCAGGUGCUUGAUGAUGAUGACUUCAUUUUGAUCGAUCGUUAUUAGAGCUGUUCGAGUCACUCGACCCGGCCCGGCCCGAGCCCGUUGUGCCUACUGAGGAAGCCGGCCCGAGUUUGUAUUGAUCUUUCAACCAUGUUUUGUGUGGUUAGUUGAAAUUCAAUCUUGUGCUCUGAGUUCAUACUUCCCUAACAAGAGGCAGUUAAAAACUAUUGACAAGUCGAAAACAAUUAAUAUUUCCUCAUCA